AUGGUAGUCGGAAAUACUAGAUAUAUCGGCACUUCGCUGGAGGUUUCCAAUGUCCCGUUUUUCAAUGCAAAGGAUACUAUUCUUGGCCCGACUAGAUGGAGAUUUUGUUUACAUCAUACUACUGUAAUCGUCGCCCUGUAUUUUUUGAAUACGGCUGCUAUUGAUGGACAACUAAAUGUAAAUCAGAAAUGGAUGAGCGAUGAAAAUAUUCCAUGGUUUGGAAAAAUGUUUGGUGACGGUAUCCACAAUCUUCGAGACCAGAUUAUCACCAGAGUCACCAUCAGUAUUCUUUACUGGGUGUGCCAGUUUUGUUAUCUUCAGUUUUUCUUCUCGGUCGCUGCGUUAUUGGAUGUUGGACUUGGUGGUGGAGAGGUAAGGCAGUGGAGACCUUUCUUUGGGGAAGCCAGACAUGCUUACACGAUUAGAGGAUUCUGGGCCAAAUCCUGGCACCAAAAUAUCCAACUCACCAUCAAAGGUCCCGCCGAGUUUAUCACUCACACCAUCCUCCAUAUUCCUCGAUCAACCCUCAUCGCUCGCUACCUCAAGAUAUUCCUUACAUUUGCAGUCUCAGGCGCAACACAUGUAGCCGCAGAUUAUGGAAGUGGUAUCUGCCCAGCACAAUCCGGUGCAAUGUCAUUUUUCUGUGCACAGUCCCUAGGUAUCAUGAUUGAAGAUGAGGUUCAGGAAAUUUGGAGACUUAUGGGCGGAAAGAAGAAUACUUUGUUGGGGAAGAUAAUUGGUUUUAUUUGGGUAUUGGUGUUCAUUUGUUGGUCUAGUCCCGUUUGGGUUUUUCAAUUUGCAAGAACUAUGCGGAGGGAAGAUAUGUUGCUGACGUUUGGAGCCUUGAAGCCGUUGUUGGUGGGUCUUAAAUUCUGGUGA